UCUAUAAGAAAAAAACGAGACGGAUUCAGUGGCAAAUAUCUUCCCAAUGGAAAAGUCAACCGAGGUGCGGACUGAUGGAAACUCUCUUCUGAAGGCCGUCUACCUGAGCCGGCUGCGUCUGACCCGGCUGCUCCUGGAGGGUGGGGCUUACAUAAAUGAGAGCAACGAACAUGGCGAGACGCCGCUCAUGGUGGCCUGCAAGACACGGCACACAGAUUCACAAAGCGUCCCCAAACAUAAGAUGGUGCGGUACCUUCUGGAGAAUGGUGCCGAUCCAAACAUUCAAGAUAAGACAGGGAAAACUGCUCUGAUGCAUGCCUGCCUCGAGCAAACGGGGGCCGAAAUCCUGUCUCUGCUUCUGAGCAGCGGUGCAGAUCCAACGUUAGAGGAUCAUUCAGGUUUAUCAGCGUUGGUUUAUGCCGUGAAUUCUGGUAACAGGGAUAUACUUAGUGUCCUGCUGGAUGCCUGUAAAGCAAAGGGUAAGGAGGUCAUCAUUAUCACUACCAACAAACUCCCUUCUGGCCAUCAGAUGACCAAGCAGUACCUGAAUGUUCCUCCACCUCCUGACCUGGAGGAGCGUCUGCAUUUCACACCAGCCUCUUGUUACACGCCACCAUAUGAGUACCAGCUACGGACUCCUCCACAGGGCUCAUCGGCAGCUGCUUCUCCCCAACCUGGCAGCCCCCUCCUUGGCCUCAGGGAGCCCCAGUGUUUAGGCUUUGGGUCAAACCUGGUCACUUCUCGACCAGGCUCUCCAAUCCAACAGCCCAGUCCUUUACGUGUUCCCAGUGUGGAUAAGCGACUGAAUCUUCACAGGCUACCUUCAGAACAAUGGUCCAAAAGUCCUUCUCUGCUUCUCCAGCAGAGUCAGGCCUCUUCCCUGACCGAGGAGCCAAUGGAAAUCACUCCGGAGGAGGAGUUGUCCUUCAGAAUCAAUAGCCUAGCUAUCCAAGGCAGACCCCCAGCUGUUUCCCGCCACCACAGCAUGGACGUCAAAGACUCAACUGGGCUUCUCAAAGCACUGGAGAACAUGUCAGCAAACGAGAACAAGGGUGGAAGUGUGAGAAGAGUUUUUGGCAGAAAGAUGUCAUACGACAGUGUUGCCAGUUCACUGUAUUCUGCUUCACACCCCAACCUUCAUCAGGACAGUCUCCCCUUCCCUCAUGAGUCCAGCGCGGUGGACAAGGACUCCUCUGAUUGUCUGAGACAGUUAAAUGUGUCCAGUCUUCAAAAUGUGGUGCGUCGACGAAACAUUGGUUUUGACCACUACAGUUCUGACUCUCAGUUACUGCAGUUAGGCUGCCGGGAAAAAACUUCGAAGCAUAGCAGCGGCGUGGGAUCGGGACCAGAGAAGCACAAGCUGGUCGCCAGCAAAUCCUCCACUCUGUCUGAAUCCAGGGAGUCUCUGGAGAGCUCCAUGCAGAGACGAAGUGCUGCCGGGCUGGAACGCAGAGGCUCCGGAGCCCUGCUCCUGGAUCACAUCGCCCACACUCGCCCUGGAUAUCUCCCUCCUCUGAACCCUCAUGCUCCUAUACCGGAUAUAGGGGUCAGUUCUAGCUGCUCCUACCCUUUGACUGGAAGUACCAAGACAAUAAACAAUGUUCUUACAGGCUCAAAAGCUAUUCUACCUUGUGCGCCCGCUUUUCCUCGGGAUCUGAAAUCUCAGAAAAUGCUGUGGAGACGCCACUCGAUGCAGAGUGAGCAGAUAAAACAACUGGCCAACUUCCAGGAAACCUUUGGUCAUUAGAAUAAAACACGUCUAUCAGGGUAAAAAUGCAUGUUACCAGUAUCCUACAUGGCUGUACUUUUGUCCUUCACAC